UUCCUUAUAUAAAUCCUUACAACUCGGCCCACUACAUCAAACUGGUGUAGUGAUUCAACUAGCGGAUCGGUCUAAUACUUACCCGAAGGGUGUAGUAGAAGAUGUGCUAGUAGAGGUAGAAAAUUUGUUUUUCCCCGUUGAUUUUUAUGUUCUGGAAAUGGGAGAUGAUAACCAAACUACACCCAUCCUCUUGGGUAGGCCUUUUCUGAAAACCGCAAAAACAAAAAUAGACGUGGCUAAUGGUUCAUUAACUUUAGAGUUUGAUGAUCAAAAAGUAGAAUUCAACAUUUUUGAUUCUACGAAAAAACAAAUUAAAGACCAAUCUCUUUGUGCUCUAAAUGUUUGUGAACCACAGACCCCGAAUAUUUUUGUUGAGAAAAAAAUGAGAAAAUCAAACUUUUUGAAAAAGAAGAAUUAUUCAAAUUUUCAAAAAGAGAAUGGAUCCCACCUGGGAUUGAAGUGAUACCAGAAAAGAAAUCCCGGCCUUACUGGAGAAGGCCGAAAAGGAAAAAUGAAACAAGGGAUGUUCACGAUCCCACAUAAAAAUAAAAAAAUAAAAUAAAAAUAACGUCGUGCCGCGACAUUAAAUCAAGCGCUUCUUGGGAGGCAACCCAAGUUUUUAUUUUUAAAUUUCAUUUUUUUUCCGGUUCGUGUGUUAUAAUUUUUUUCAAAAUAAAAUAAAUUAAAAAAAAAUGAACUGGGAUUGGACCCGGCCGGGUAAAUACCCUAACCCGGUCGGGUUACUUCUAAAAACUAAACACCCGGGCAACCACCCGGGCGAGGCGAAAAAAAAAACAAAAAUUAAUUUUACGCCCGACCGGGUAGACUUUUAUACCCGGCCGGGCACCCUAGCUACACCUUUCUGCCUCGGGUGAACAGUUUACACCCGACCGGGUAGACCACUUCACCCGGCCGGGCCACUUAACAAAAACAUUCUGCCUUGGUUCAAUAGCGUUCACCCGACCGGGUAAACUACCCCACCCGACCGGGCGAACGGGAAAACAGAC